AUGUUCUGCUACCCUCUUUUCUUCAGCGGUACUCCUCCCUUGUCUAUUCACUUCGUCAACCACCGUCCUUGUCGAGUCGUCAAUCCAGCUGCUGCGCUCGAGCUCAGGCGCUCAAACGCUCAAACGCAAGCGAACGUGAUCUUCCUGAUCCCCGCACCACCUCGUCGUCGUUGUUCUGAAAAUUCAAUCAGGAAGUGGACCAUCUCAUUUGGAGAUUUGUCGCACGAGCUCACCGAAUGUGGAUACGAGGCGCGUAUCGUGCACCAUCUUUUACCACCAGGUUUCACCUGA